ACUGCUGCCUCCCGGCCCCCCUCACUGUGCUCUUCCCUAGGACGGCAUCGUGCUGGGCGCCGACACGCGGGCCACCGAGGGCAUGGUCGUGGCCGACAAGAACUGCUCCAAGAUCCACUUCAUCUCCCCCAACAUCUAUUGCUGUGGUGCCGGGACCGCUGCGGACACGGAUAUGACAACUCAGCUCAUCUCUUCCAACCUGGAGCUGCACUCGCUGUCCACGGGGCGGCUUCCUCGAGUGGCCACCGCUAACAGGAUGCUCAAGCAGAUGCUUUUCAGGUACCAAGGUUAUAUUGGGGCUGCCCUUGUUUUAGGAGGAGUGGAUAUCACUGGGCCCCACCUCUACAGCAUCUAUCCCCAUGGAUCAACUGACAAAUUGCCCUAUGUUACUAUGGGUUCUGGAUCAUUAGCGGCCAUGGCAGUAUUUGAAGAUAAAUAUAAGCCAGAUAUGGAGGAAGAGGAAGCCAAGCAGCUUGUGCGAGAUGCCAUUGCAGCUGGCAUAUACAAUGAUCUGGGCUCUGGCAGCAACAUUGAUCUCUGUGUUAUAAGCAAGAACAAGUUGGAUUUUCUCCGUCCUUAUGAUGUAGCCAACAAAAAGGGGGAAAGGUUUGGUAGAUACAAGUGCGAAAAAGGGACUACAGCUGUUCUCUCAGAAAAUGUCGCUCUCUUGGAAAUUGAAGUGGUGGAUGAAACCGUGCAAACAAUGGACACUUCCUGAGCGCUCGUAUGUGGUAUUUCUGUAACACGGUUCUAGUAUUAGGUAUGCUUUGGUUUGUAUUAGAAACCUUUCUGCAUGACAAGGAAACACAAAUCGAUAUCAAAUAAAUGAGUGCUGACCAGUUCACUCACUCCGUUU